AUGCGGCAAGAGAAACACGUCCACGAGACGACACGGCGGCAACGAGCCCUCGAGACACUGGUCAUCUUUCGCCGCAGUCUCAUCUAUCAGACGAAGGAGUUUUUCCAGAAUUCAACGCUCCACGGCGUGCGCUACAUAGCCGAGACGGGGCGUCCCAUUGGUGAGAAGUUCAUGUGGUUUUGCUUCACCUCAAUUGGUGCUGUCACCGCCCUGGUCAUCAUUAUGAGUCUGUGGGAGAAGUUCCAAACGAAUCCAACCAUCACCGGCCUGGACACCGACUUUCACAACCAGAACGUUGUCUUUCCCACCACAGUUGUGUGCCCAGAGGCGGCCUUCGAUCACGAAAAAUCCUAUGCAGCGGUCUACAAGAGUUUGGCCAACUAUGAUGAUGCACGUGCCCAGAUGUUUGCCCCAUUCUUGGAGCUGCUCACAUCGCUCAAUUUUGGUAAUAUUCGCGACGCCAAGCUGCUGUCAGAGUCCAUACCCAAGGAUCAGCUGGAGGAGCACACCGUCAGGCAGUGGGCCUUCGAGGGUCACAUCAGCUGCGAGAGUACCUUUGUGUCGUGCAAGUAUCGCGACGAGGACAUACCCUGCUGUGAUCACUUUGAGCCCAUCUAUACGGAGCAUGGCUUCUGCUAUGCCUUCAACAGUCGCUUCAAGUCCACAGCCGCCGAGGACAUAAAGACGGGAGCACCGCACGAUCUGUACGAGACGGACAAAAAGUGGGCGCUCUUCUUUGUGCCCAACAGCACCUCUAGGAUUUUCAUCUUUUCGAACGAAGAGUACUUUGGCUCCGACUUCAAUGCACAGAUCGACUGGUCGGAGAGCCAGCUGGUGGAGGUGCGCAUCUCCAAGAAGAACACCUACACCACAGACGAUGCCCGGCAGCUAUCCAUUGGGCAGCGCAAGUGCAUCUUCAGCGAUGAGGUGAAGCUGAACUACUUCCCGGAGGCCUACACCUUCUCCUCCUGCAUGAAGCAGUGCCGCAUGAACAAGGCCAUCAAGCUCUGCAAAUGCAAUCCGCCCUUCUACAAGCCCAUAAACAACGUACCCAUGUGCAUGGUGAAGGAUUUCGAUUGCCUCGAUGAGUUCAAGGCGAACAUAACCAACAUUAAGGACUGUCUGCAGUGCGAGCUUAGCUGCUCCAAGACGGUGUUCAACAUUGACAAACUCAUCAAAAUUGUGGAUCGACCCGAGAGCACGGGUGUGCUGGUGGAGUUCCUCACUUGGCCCAUUAUUCGCUACAAGCGCGAAGUGCUCUUCGGCUGGGUGGAUCUGCUGGUGUCCUUUGGCGGCAUUGCCAGUCUCUUUCUUGGCUUCUCGCUGCUUUCUGGCGUCGAGAUUAUUUACUAUUUUACGCUGCGCGCCUGCUGCAUGGUCUACAAGAAUCGCCAAGAGCUGUAUGAGAUCGAGGAGCGUAUUCGCAAGGAGCCACCUCCAUCGAUUGAUCUCCAGCUGAGGCUCAAGUCGCACUCAACGCUGAGGGUUGGCGCCGCCCCCUCGUCGGCAGUGUUGCUGGUGAAGCCUGCCGCUGGAGAGCCUGGCGGCGGAGUCCAGCGAAAACAUGAAAAGAACUUUUAUAAUAACACAAAAAAUUUAUAUCGCACGCCCAAAGUAUUGCCCGAUCAUGGGUACGGAUCCAAUACGAUGAAGUCAUGGAAAGACUCCGAUCAGGCACAGUAUAUGCCUUGA